AGGAAAAAGAAUAUUCUCUCUUAUUUUUAUAACUUUCCAAUAUUCCUCUCAAUUUCACAGUCAUGACUGUCAUGACCCCCGCCCCAAUCGAUCAACAGGAAGACGAGGAAAUGCUUGUGCCACACUCUGAUUUGACCGACAAUCACCAGCCCAUGGAAGUUGUAUCCCAAACCGAGACUGUAAAUACUUUGGAAAAUCAACCAGUGGAGGAUCCUCCUUCAUCAAGAUUCACUUGGAAGAUUGAUAACUUCUCUAGGCUAAACACUAAGAAGCACUAUUCUGAUGAUUUUGUCGUUGGUGGUUAUAAAUGGCGAAUAUUGAUAUUUCCGAAGGGUAACAAUGCGGAUCAUUUGUCUAUGUAUUUGGAUGUUGCUGACUCGGCAAGUUUACCCUAUGGGUGGAGUAGAUAUGCACAGUUCAGUUUGACAGUAAUUAAUCAAAUUCAUAAUAAAUUUUCAGUCAGAAAAGACACACAGCAUCAAUUUAAUGCAAGAGAAAGUGACUGGGGUUUUACAUCCUUUAUGCCCCUUGGCGAGUUAUAUGAUCCUUCCAGAGGGUAUCUUGUGAAUGAUACUUUGAUUGUUGAAGCAGAGGUUGUUGUCCGUAAAAUUGUGGAUUACUGGGCAUGUGACUCAAAGAAAGAAACUGGUUAUGUCGGUCUUAAGAAUCAAGGAGCAACAUGUUAUAUGAAUUCUCUGCUCCAAACUCUUUAUCACAUUCCUUACUUCAGAAAGGCAGUUUAUCACAUGCCUACAACUGAAAAUGAUAUGCCAUCUGGAAGCAUUCCUCUUGCUCUGCAGAGUUUGUUUUACAAACUCCAGUACAGUGACAACAGUGUUGCAACGAAAGAGCUGACCAAAUCUUUUGGAUGGGACACAUAUGAUUCUUUCAUGCAGCAUGACAUUCAAGAACUUAAUAGAGUUCUAUGUGAAAAACUUGAAGAUAAAAUGAAGGGAACUGUUGUGGAGGGCACCAUACAGAAAUUGUUUGAAGGCCACCAGAUGAACUACAUUGAGUGCAUUAAUGUGGAUUAUAAAUCUACAAGGAAGGAGUCAUUUUAUGACCUUCAGCUUGAUGUUAAAGGCUGUCGAGAUGUUUAUGCUUCUUUUGACAAGUAUGUAGAAGUUGAACGUCUUGAGGGUGAUAAUAAAUAUCAUGCUGAGCAAUAUGGAUUGCAGGAUGCUAAGAAGGGCGUGUUGUUCAUUGAUUUCCCUCCAGUCCUUCAACUUCAGCUUAAACGAUUUGAAUAUGAUUUUAUGCGAGACACCAUGGUCAAGAUUAAUGACCGUUAUGAGUUCCCUUUGCAACUUGACCUUGACCGAGAUGAUGGAAAAUACUUAUCACCAGAAGCUGAUAGGAGUGUUCGGAAUCUUUACACGCUUCACAGUGUCCUCGUUCAUAGUGGUGGUGUGCACGGUGGACAUUAUUAUGCAUAUAUCAGGCCAACUCUUUCUGAUCAGUGGUAUAAAUUUGAUGAUGAAAGAGUAACCAAAGAAGAUAUGAAAAGGGCACUAGAGGAGCAGUAUGGUGGGGAAGAGUUACCACAGACGAAUCCUGGAUUCAAUAAUACUCCUUUUAAAUUUACCAAAUAUUCAAAUGCGUACAUGCUUGUGUAUAUACGAGAAAGUGACAAUGUCAAAAUAAUAUGUAAUGUGGAUGAGAAGGAUAUUGCUGAACAUCUUAGGGAGAGAUUGAAGAAAGAACAGGAAGAAAAAGAACAUAAAAAGAAAGAGAAGGCAGAGGCACACCUUUACACUAUCAUAAAGGUUGCACGAGAUGAUGACCUUGCAGAGCAGAUUGGCAAGGAUAUUUAUUUUGAUCUUGUGGAUCAUGAUAAAGUCAGGAGUUUCCAUAUUCAAAAGCAGACGACUUUCAAUGUGUUUAAGGAAGAGGUUGCUAGAGAGUUUGGUGUACCAGUGCAAUUUCAGCGAUUCUGGUUGUGGGCCAAGCGUCAAAACCAUACCUACCGUCCAAACCGACCAUUGACACCUUUGGAGGAAACACAAUCGGUAAUAUUUCUCACCGUCGGAGCCUUGAGGGAGGUAUCAAAUAAGGUUCACAAUGCAGAACUAAAGUUGUUCCUCGAAGUUGAGCUUGGACUGGUAAUUUGGUUUAGCCUUUCUAAUCAGCAUGUUUCUUCUUUGAUGCUUGAACUCUGUCCAAUGGUGUUUUCAUUCAGAUCUUCAUUCUCACCCCCAAAACUAAAAUUAAGAGAUCCAAACAGAUUGACCUGAUUUGGUUCUAAAAACUUUCUAGUGCAAAAAAGUUAUCUGUUGUUACAGUAGGAAGGAAUAGAAGUUA